UUCUGCAUUCUAAAAUGAAUGAAUGGCACUGGAUUGGACUCAAUGAUCUGGAGACUGAAGGACGUUGGGUUUGGGUGAACAACCAGACCCUCGAUGACACCAAAGUAAAGUUUUGGCACAAGAUCCAAUUUGGGAAAAGUGAACCUGACAACUGGACAGGAGUUGAUCCCUCUGGAGAAGACUGUGCUGUUGUUAAAAAUGAUCUCGACUCUUUAGACAGCUGGCUUGAUGUUUCUUGCAAGCGGACAUACAAGUUCAUCUGCGAAAAGAAGUUUUAACUGGAGCUAAUUAAUAAGUGGUGUUUUAUAAACAAAUUUGGGGAGGAGCACGCGCAGAAGUUUCAGUCUCAAAUACGUCAUUGACAAUUAUUCUAUUAUCCAAUCAGUUCUUGACCAAACCCCUAUAUAUACCAAAGCUGUCUUACCUGCAGCAUCUUACGACUUUAGCAUCCCUCCACCACCCCGUCACCUCACCUCUUAAGCAUUACAAUCCCGGGGGGAGCGUUCUGGGGCCGGGCUAGAUACUUCGCUCGAAUCCCUAUUCCUCUUUGUUUCCUGAUAAGAGGAAUAACUCGAGUUUGGGUGUCUUCCCCGAGCUCAGAGCCCUCUCCCCAGACAGCACGCCAAAUACGCUUUAUUCUGAAACUAUUGCAAGUGUGAACUCGUGAAAUUCUAUUUUGCAGAGUAAACUAAACUCCUCUCCUGGAUUUGCUUACUCAUAAGGUCCUGCCGUAUACUUCUACAGUACUAACAUGAAAGAUUUUUCGCUUUUACACUUUUCUCCUGCUCCCUGCAGCUUUACUGAUCUUACUAAAAAUGUGUGAGUGUCAUAUUUAAAUAACUAUAUGCAUUUAUAUAAAUUAAAAAUAAUAACUGUGGCUUAAACGAUAUUUCAUUUGUUUAAAGUAUUGCUCAAUGUUGUUUAAAAUAUAUGAGAGGGAAAAAACUAACUAUUGAUAAUAAAUCCAUAUAGGUCUGGUUAUUGUGCAUUUAAAACUCAUUCA